GGUGAAUUAAAUUGUUUCUGAAGAAAAAUUAGCUAGGAAAGGCAAAGACAGAGAAAAUGGUGAACAUAUACCGACGCGCCACCAGCGAACGCCUCCCACAAGCCGCCAGCGGUUCACCAAAGACAGAGGUAGGAGAGAUCGAUACCAGGGCACCGUUUAAGUCCGUCAAAGCCGCCGUUAGUUUAUUCGGUGAAGUUGCCAUUCCCAAGGAACGAGACCGACGUACUCCCAGAAAAUCUAGAAUUUCUGCCGAGAAUGUUAUAGACAAGGAGACACAGCUUCUUCUAGCCGAGAAAGAAUUCAACAAUAUCAAGCAAAAGCUAGAGAGUGACGAAGCAACAAAGGCUAAAGCAGAUAGUGAACUCGAAAGCGCUAAGCAAACAUUACAGGAAUUGUCCGAGAAACUUAGAGCAGUAACCGAAUCAAAGCAAUCCGCAAUCGAAGCGGCUGAAGCAGUGAAGCAAUAUGGAAAUGAACUCGAACUCAAAAAAUCUCAAUUCAGCCAAGAAUACCAAGAGAGAAACAAAGAACUCGAUACGGCCAGGGAGCAAUAUCUCGCUGUCGCGACAGAGCUCGAUGCGAAGAAGCAAGAGCUAAAUAAAAUCAGGCAGGAUUUCGACGCCGCGUUGGAAGUGAAGCUGGCGGCGUUCCAACAGGCGGCCGAAGCGCAACUUUCAGCUAAAAUGCAUUCGGAACGGGUCGCUGAGCUCACGAAACAAAUCGCGGCCAUGAAGGAAGCUAUCAAGCAAGUGAAAUUCGCUACGCAACAAGUGUACAAUGAACAAGAGGCUAUUGCAGCAGAUAAAGAGAUGUUGAAGAAAUCUUACCUGGAUGCUAAGGAGGAAGCCGAGAAGAAAUUGAGUGCUUCAAGGGAAUUGUAUGAUCCCGAGUUAACCAAGGCCCUGGAGAAGAAACUAAUGGAAACUACGGACGAGGUCGAAGCUUUGCAGGAAGAGAUGAAGAAGGUUCAUGCUUUAGAAAUGGAUUCCGUUAGACUUUUAACUACGGAGCUUAACGAAGCUACUACGACGCUGCAAAUGGUGGUCGAUGAAGAGUGUUCUAUUCGGAAUCAAGUGAGCUCCAUUAGGGUUGAACUUGAAGAGGUGAAGAUGAAGCAAGCACAACAAAAUGAAAUUAUGGAAACGAAAGAAGCUGAAAGGGAAUCUCUUAAUGGUGAUCACAAUGCUAGACUGCAACAGCUUUUAUUAGAAGCCGAGACUGCAAGAAAAGAAGCCGAAGAGAUGAAGAAUAAUAUCGAAACGCUGAGGAAAGAUGCCAACGCGGCGGAAACGGUCGUGAAGGAGGUUAAGCUAAAGCUAGAACAUGCACUGGAACAAGCCGGGCAUGCAAAAGCGGCGGAGAAGAAGGCGCUGGAUGAAAUGCGAGUAAUAGAAAAGGGGAUCGGUGAUGGGAAGAUAAGGCUUUCCAAGGAGGAAUAUGAAGCAUUGCAAAAGAAAAUAGACGAAUAUGGGAACAUGUCGGAGCAGAAAAUAGCAGCUGCAAUGGCGGAGCUGGAAGCGAUUAUCACGAGCAAAAACGAGGCGGAUGAGAAGGUAGAAGAAAACUUAAAUGCGAUAGCGGAAAUCAAGGCGGCAACGGAGCUGGCGGAGAAGUCGGCGGCGUCGGCAGAGACAGCACAUAGUGUACUCGAAGGUGAACUCAGAAGACGGCGUCAACUAGAAGAGAUAGUUGCGGUAUCUUAACAGCU